CAUGGGUGGGAUGGUUGCUCUGGAAUUUGCCUGCAGCUAUCCUCAGAUGGUUAAUACACUGACCUUGGCAGUAACAAAUGCCGGCUUAACUGUGCCACCACUGCGCGGAAUGUUUGAUAUGCUCAGGUGCACCUUUGCCAGUAGCCUUAUUUCUCGUCACAAGCUCACAUGUGGAAUGAUCUUCCCUGAUCCUUUUUUGAGGUCGCCAUCACCUGAAGGCAGCAACUGCAAAACCAUGCUGGAUUUUUGUGUCCAACGGUAUAUUCGUUGGGAAAUGUAUACGCACCCAAUAUCGUUCCUGCCGUUUUUGAGCCAGGUUGGCGCUGUUAUCCGCCAUCAUGUUUCAUCAACACGACUUGAGACUUUGGGCAAGACGCUCCCCAACAAGCAGAUUCUCAUUAUCACAGGUGAUCAGGACCACCUUGUGCGUAUAAGUAACUCAUUCUACAUUGCCAAGAAGGUCGGCCACAAAAACGUACGUUUCGAGCAGAUAGAGCACGCUGGUCAUGGCGUUAUGACCCAAUAUCCAGAGCGGGUUUCCCAGUGUAUUAACACCAUGAUUGGUGAGGUUACAAAGAACCGAUUACCCACCGUGGGCGAUCAUUAAUAACGUCAAAGAGAAGGCUGAUUAGUUCAACCAGCUUGAUAAGUGGAUGUUUUGCUUUGAGGCUAUUGCCUAAUCUGGAUCAGCCAACUCAUCUACUGCUAUCUAGUUCUCUCGCAUAAAACA